AUGUCCGACGAAAAAGAGAAAUUGAAACAAAAGUACGCUCUUGAAGAGCAGCAAGCAGCAGCAGCACAACAAGGUAGUAGUAGCCACAACAACAACAACAACAUACCAGAUGCCCCCCCAGCCUAUGACGAUAUCCAGGGCCCCAAUGACCAAUUUGCCCCACCACCGGAUACUCCUAGCUACUCACAACAUCCACCACCACCACCACCACCACAACAACAACAACAACAACAAGACCACUACGCAAACUACGCUCCACCACAGCAAGGAGGUGGCCUCUCCUCACAACAGCAACCACACCCACAAAACCUCUACACAAUAAAGCCCAAUGUUGUCAACAUAAACAACACUGACCCACAAAACGUAAAUCCCCAAUACCCCAUUUUCCAAAGCAACCAACAAGCUAAAGUAGCACGAGGUGAAUAUGCUGCUUGGAACCCAAAAGCCCCAUUAGAGAAGGGUCACACCUCAAACAAAAGAGUGGACCUGAGUUUUCCUGGGAGCAGCGGUGCUACUUACUAUAAUGCUGCAAACAAGCAUUGA